AAAUAUAAAAUAAGUGACUAAACAUAAUGAUUUUAGUUGGUAAAAACAGUACAUAUUUUCCACGUCUUGGUGGCGAGCAAGGAGCAGCACGGGUCCCCUUCCCACGCCGCCUCACUGUCAACAUGGAUAAGCCCGUGAAGCUCGCUCGUGUGACCAAGGUGCUUGGCCGUACUGGAUCACAGGGCCAGUGUACCCAGGUGCGUGUUGAGUUCCUGGAUGAGACACACCGCUCCAUCAUUCGCAACGUCAAGGGACCCGUUAGGGAGGGAGACAUCCUCACCCUGCUGGAGUCUGAACGUGAGGCGCGCAGAUUAAGGUGAUCGCCACACCACCUGUCGCUACACAGGUUAUCCGAGUACACAUCAUACAUGAAAUAAUAAAUGUUGAAAGGAUAA